GGCGCCGAGCGCUGUCGUGGCGCUGCCCGGGUGAAUGAGGCGGGCGGCGGCAGAGCCGCCCCUGGGCCGCGGCCACCGCGCCGACACCCGGCUGCUCCUCGUCCUCCUCCUCCUCCUCUUCUUCCUCCUCCCUCCUCGGCAGCUCCGGGCGCAGCCAUGAGGCGCGCGGGGCUGGGUGAUGGAGCACCGUCGGGUAAUUAUGGCUAUACCAACAGUGGAUACAGCGUGUAUGAAGAAGAAAAUGAAAGGUUAACAGAAAGUCUGCGUACUAAAGUCAGUGCCAUUAAAUCACUUUCUAUUGAAAUUGGAACAGAAGUUAAAAACCAAAACAAAAUGUUAUCAGAAAUGGAUAAUGAUUUUGACUCUACAGGUGGGCUGCUAGGUGCAACUAUGGGCAGACUGAGAACACUCUCCAGAGGGAGCCAGACCAAACUGUUAUGCUACAUGAUGCUCUUCUCAUUGUUUGUUUUUUUUGUAAUAUACUGGAUUAUUAAACUGAGGUGAUGCAUGUUAUCUGCAGUUUAAAUUGUGUAAUUUCAACCAUAAAAGUCUUAAUUAAUGAAGACAUUGAUCUAAACUUGCACAUUCUGUUGAUAAAACACAAUGAAAUUGUUGUAAAGUGCAUUAAUACUUAAUGCAAUGUUAUAUAUAGUUUUUUUAAUGUAUCAGAAUUUCUCCCACUAUCCCCUGUUUUUGGGGAAUUAUUUGUAAACACGCAGAAACCGCUAGCAUUCUGUGUUGCUUUUUUAGGAAAAAAGUUUUUAGAAUUGAUUUAAAAACAAAAACAAAAUCAAAGAACACCCUUCCCCCCCCCCCCCCCCGCCCCCCCUAAACAAGGACUGUUCAGAAGUGAAGUAUUUGCAGAAUGCUUUCUCAUACAUUUUGUUUUCCAUUCUGGACCAUGCUCUAAAUUAGGGCUCCAGUUUCAGGCAUAUAGUAAUUUUUAGGUUGCAAAAGCAUGAACGAUACUUGGAUCUUUCUGAAUUGGUUUUAUGUGUUUGUUUUUUUUUUUUUUUUUUGAAGUUUGCCUGAGGUAACAAAAAUAAUGGUAAUACCCUUCUCAAAUUACUUUUGCGAUGCCCAAAUGGAUAGGUCUAAUAGUCUACAUGUUUAAGUAGCAUAAACUUUUCAUUUUGCACUUACUUAAAACUGGAUUUUUCAUUUGUGACCAGUAAUGCUUACACAUCUGUGUUUUUAAGCAGAUAUGGACACAGUACAAAUGCUUCCUUUUAUAUUUAAAGUAUCCAAAAUGUAACAAUUCCAUUGAAUCACUAGAACUUUUACCAUUAGUUUCUUUACUUUUCAGUCAGCGAUGAGUCCCAAAUCUACUCUACAUGAUGUCUGAAAUAUGAGGUUGAAUAUUUUUAAUUCUGAAGUAUAUUAUGAUGCACCUGUUGGAGGUGCUGUUAUAUUGUUUUUUUUUUUUAACACUUAGCUUUAGCUCACCACAUGGUUUCUAAUAGUUGAGGCUAUUACAUUGAGUUCAAAGUUAAAAAAAAAAUGUUUUAUAGAUAUUAAAACUGUAUCUAAUUUUUGAAUGACUUUUCUAGAAAUACUGUAUAAUGUUGCCAUUAAUAACUUAAUUAUGUUCGAACAAAUAAAAUGUCUUGGAGUAUUCUC